CCUUUACAUGUCAGCUGAUCCCUGACAUUUUCCUUUAUUUUUCUUUCUUUAUCUUCCCAACCUCAAUCCCUUCCCUGUUUCAUUUACCUCCCAUGAAAAACAGGCUUUGAUCUGUGGUUUUUUUUUUUUUUUGGAAGCAAUGAAGAAACACCAACCAAAGCCUGUUUUGUUUAUUCUUGUGUUCAUAAUCCUGUCUUCUCACUCUGUUUUAUCUCUUGAUUUUUUCUUCAAUGGCUUCAAUUCAACUAACCUUUUCCUCUAUGGUAUCGCUCAAAUAGAUUCCAGAAUUCUUACACUCACCAAUGAAACAUCUUUUGCUAUCGGUCGAGCUCUUUACAGUUCAAAAAUCCCAACAAAGACUCCAAAUUCUUCUCAUGUUCUUCCUUUCUCUACUUCUUUCAUCUUUUCCAUGGCUCCUUCAAAGAACAAGGAUACUCUUCCAGGACACGGUCUCGUUUUCAUCUUUACGCCCAAUACUGGCAUCAAUGGGACAACCGCAUCUCAAAAUCUUGGCCUUUUCAACCUCUCAAACAACGGCGACCCGACCAAUCAUGUGUUUGGUGUGGAGUUCGAUGUUUUCGCUAACCAAGAAUUCGAUGACAUAGAUGAUAACCAUGUUGGGAUCGACAUUAACUCCCUCACCUCAACAACCUCCCACACCGCUGGUUAUUACAGUGAUUUUAAUGAGGAUGGGGAUCAGGGUUUUGAGAAACUGAAGCUUAAUAAUGGUAAGAACUAUCAAGUUUGGAUUGACUAUGAAGAUUCUGUUAUUAAUGUUACUAUGGCACCUGUUGGGGUAAAAAGGCCAAAGCGGCCAUUGUUGAAUGUACCUUUGAAUUUAUCUGAUGUUUUGGAGGAUGAAAUGUAUGUUGGGUUCACUUCAUCGACUGGGAGAUUGGUUCAAAGCCAUAGGAUUUUGUCUUGGAGUUUCAGUAACUCUAAUUUUUCGUUAAAUGAACGCUUGAUCACCACUGGUUUACCAUCGUUUGUUAUCCCCAAGACACCAUUUCAUAAGCGUAGAUCGUUUAUUGCAGGCGUAACGGUGGGGAGUUUCGUUGUUCUUGUUUUGAUUGCUCUGUUUUCCCUGUUUUUGAUUAAGAGAGAAAGGAGGAGAGCAAGGGAAAGAGCUGAAAUGGAAGACUGGGAAUUUGAGUAUUGGCCUCAUAGGAUGACUUACCAAGAAAUCGAUGCAGCCACCAAGGGAUUUUCGGAUGACAACGUGAUCGGUUUCGGAGGAAACGGAAAGGUCUACAAGGGUGUUUUACCUGGAGGAAUUGAGAUUGCGGUGAAGCGCAUUUCACAUGAAAAUGAUGGAAUGAAAGAGUUCUUGGCAGAGAUUUCGAGUCUCGGCCGGUUAAAACACCGGAGCCUCGUCGGGUUGAAAGGUUGGUGCAAGAAAGAAAAAGGGACAUUCAUGUUGAUCUAUGAUUACAUGGAAAAUGGAAGUUUGGAUAAGAGGGUUUAUUAUGACUGUGAUGAGACCAACAUAUUGACUUGUGAAGAAAGAAUUAGAAUCUUGAAAGAUGUUGCCUCAGCGUUAUUGUAUUUACAUGAGGGAUGGGAAGCUAAGGUCUUACAUAGGGAUAUCAAGGCCAGCAACGUAUUGCUUGAUAAGGAUAUGAAUGGAAGGUUAGGGGAUUUCGGGUUGGCUCGGAUGCAUGGGCACAGUCAAGUGGCAACCACGACGCGAGUGGUCGGAACCGUGGGGUACUUGGCCCCAGAAGUGGUUAGGAACGGACGAGCAUCGACACAAACCGAUGUGUUUGGUUUUGGGGUCUUAAUUUUAGAGGUCAUGUGUGGGAGGAGGCCUAUACAGGAUGGAAAGCCGCCUUUGGUGGAUUGGGUAUGGCAGUUGAUGAUGCAAGGAGAAUUACUUACAGCAGUGGAUGCACGGUUAAAGGGUAACGAAGGAUUCAACGAGGAGGAGGUAAAAAAGGUGCUGCAUUUGGGGUUGUUGUGCUCGUAUCCAAAUCCUGAUUCGAGACCAACAAUGAGGCAAGUAGUGAUAGUAUUUGAAGGGAAGAAUGAAGGUUUGGAAUCCGAAACCGAAGAUAUGGAAGCACAUUUGCUGGCAAAGGUGAAGUCCAGGGAUAUGUGGGCUAAUUACUCUCAAAACUUUGGAUACGCGUCACACCCGACAUUCGAUGAUAUUCGACAAUCAAAUUCAUCCUCCAUGUCUCUGUCAUGGAACAACACAAUAGUGGACGGUAGAUAAUCGCUGCAUCAUUUGUAAAAUGAGAGGCCUCUUUUGCUUCUACUGAUUUUGAUGCACAUUGAAUAGCAUGUUGAGGGAACAUCAAUCAUUAGGUGAGGAAAUGCUUUUCUUUGUUGAUUUUGCACCUUUAUACUUUUUGGCAUUCUUUCAUGUCUGUUGAGUGUUACAAAAGAGCUUUUUCAAUGUGAAAAUGGUAAUAGCUUAGGCAUGUCAUUUGUACAUAUAUGUAUCUUAAAGUUCAAACUUUAAACCCAUAUUGUAAGGAGUAGAAGGAUGAGUAUAGAUUAUGAUGAUGUGGUGUGAUGUGA